AGCUCUCAACUAGUGGAAACAAACCUUUGGGGUAGGGAUGGCCCAGCCAGGUCACUGUGUGGACCUUGAACUGCUGGUGAGAUGGUGUGGUGGUGGGGGGAUAGACCAAAAGGGCACACCGUGCAAUGGCUGAUGAAACAGGAAGAGUCUUAGGAGAAGCGGUGGGUCCCUGUCCGCUGUGAGGGGCGUCCACCUCCCACUCUGUGAUAUUUCAGUUCCAGGAGGACAAACUAUGUCUCUGAGCGGUGCCUUCAGGGCUGUGGGCAAUGACCCUGGGAUCAUCACCUGGAGAAUUGAGAAAAUGGAGCUGGUGCUGGUGCCUCUGAGUGCUCACGGCAACUUCUAUGAGGGGGACUGCUACAUCAUCCUCUCGACCCGGAAGGUGGGCAGCCUCCUCUCCCAGGACAUUCACUUUUGGAUCGGGAAGGACUCCUCCCAGGACGAGCAGAGCUGUGCAGCCAUCUACACCACGCAGCUGGAUGACUACCUGGGAGGCGGCCCCGUGCAGCACCGAGAGGUCCAGUACCACGAGUCCGACACCUUCCGCGGCUACUUCAAGCAGGGCAUCAUUUAUAAAAAGGGGGGAGUGGCCUCUGGGAUGAAGCAUGUGGAGACCAACGCCUAUGACGUGAAGCGGCUGCUACACGUAAAGGGGAAAAGAAACAUCAGGGCCACUGAGGUGGAAAUGAGCUGGGACAGUUUUAACCGAGGCGACGUCUUCCUGCUGGACCUGGGGCUGGUCAUCAUCCAGUGGAACGGCCCGGAGAGCAACAGCGGAGAGCGACUCAAGGCUAUGCUUCUGGCAAAGGACAUUCGGGACAGGGAGCGGGGAGGCCGCGCUGAGAUCGGAGUGAUUGAGGGAGACAAGGAGGCAGCCAGCCCAGAGCUGAUGACAGUCCUUCAGGACGCCCUUGGCCGACGCUCCACCAUCAAGCCUGCAGUUCCUGAUGAGAUCAUGGAUCAGCAGCAGAAAUCAAAUAUCAUGUUGUAUCAGGUCUCGGAUGCAGCUGGGCAGCUGGCGAUCACAGAGGUGGCCACAAGGCCCCUGGUCCAGGACCUACUGAGCCAUGACGACUGCUACAUCCUGGACCAAAGUGGAGCCAAGAUCUACGUGUGGAAAGGCAAAGGAGCCACAAAGGUGGAGAAACAGGCAGCCAUGUCCAAAGCCCUGGACUUCAUCAAGAUGAAGGGUUACCCCAGCAGCACCAACGUGGAGACCGUCAACGAUGGUGCCGAGUCAGCCAUGUUCAAACAGCUGUUCCAGAAAUGGUCAGUGAAGGACCAGACCACAGGCCUGGGGAAAAUAUUCAACAUUGGUAAAAUUGCUAAAGUUUUCCAGGACAAGUUUGAUGUGACUCUCCUACACACCAAGCCCGAAGUGGCUGCCCAGGAGAGGAUGGUGGAUGAUGGCAGUGGGAAAGUGGAGGUCUGGAGAAUUGAGAACCUGGAGCUGGUUCCCGUGGAACAGGAGUGGUAUGGCUUCUUCUACGGGGGAGACUGCUAUCUGGUUUUCUACACGUAUGAGGUGAACGGGAAGCCCCAUUACAUCCUGUACAUCUGGCAGGGCCGCCAUGCCUCCCAGGAUGAGCUGGCAGCCUCGGCUUACCAGGCGGUGGAGGUGGACCGGCAGUUUGACGGGGCCCCAGUGCAGGUUCGGGUGAGCAUGGGGAAGGAGCCACGCCACUUCAUGGCCAUCUUCAGAGGAAAGCUGGUUAUCUAUGAGGGCGGGACUUCCAGGAAGGGAAAUGCAGAGCCUGACCCUCCAGUAAGACUCUUCCAGAUCCAAGGAAACGACAAAUCCAAUACCAAAGCAGUGGAAGUCUCGGCCUUCACCUCCUCGCUCAACUCCAACGACGUCUUUCUGCUGCGAACUCAGACAGAACACUACCUGUGGUAUGGCAAGGGGUCUAGUGGGGACGAGCGGGCAAUGGCUAAGGAGCUAGUCGAGCUUCUCUGCGACGGCAACGCAGACGCUGUGGCUGAGGGCCAGGAGCCACCCGAGUUCUGGGACCUUCUGGGAGGAAAAACACCCUAUGCUAAUGACAAGAGGCUGCAGCAAGAAAUUCUGGACGUCCAGGUCCGGCUCUUUGAAUGUUCCAAUAAGACUGGCCGGUUCCUUGUUACUGAGGUCACAGACUUCACCCAGGAUGACCUGAACCCAGGUGACGUGAUGCUCCUGGACACCUGGGACCAGGUGUUCCUGUGGAUCGGAGCCGAGGCCAACGCCACGGAGAAGGAGGGGGCCCUCUCAACUGCCCAGGAGUACCUGGUAACUCACCCCAGUGGUCGAGACCCUGACACACCGAUCCUGAUCAUCAAGCAGGGAUUUGAGCCUCCUACCUUCACAGGCUGGUUCCUGGCAUGGGACCCUCACAUUUGGAGCGCAGGAAAAUCAUAUGAGCAGCUAAAGGAGGAGCUGGGAGACGCUGCUGCGAUCGUGCGAAUCACCGCCGACAUGAAGAAUGCAACCCUCUCCCUGAACUCUAAUGAAAGUGGGCCAAAGUAUUACCCUAUAGAAGUUCUACUGAAAAGUCAGAACCAGGAGCUGCCUGAGGAUGUGAACCCUGCCAAAAAGGAGAAUUACCUCUCGGAACAAGACUUUGUGUCCGUAUUUGGCAUCACAAGAGGGCAGUUUACUGCUCUGCCUGGCUGGAAACAGCUCCAGCUGAAGAAAGAAAGGGGGCUUUUCUAAAGCAAGGCAUGUCUGUUGUCCGACCACAGGAGAGAGCAAGCUCAUGGUGCCAACAUCAGCAGAGGUGUCACACACCCACUGAGCCUGACAUCCGGCAGCUUUAGCUACCACCCAUCUGAAAUCCCAGCACGCCCUUUUCCUCCUCAUCAGCCUUGCAUUCAUUCCUUGGUCGUUCUACACGAAAAUGUUGACUACUCACUUUUCGGCUUUCGUGGCCCAGAAAGCAUGAACAUAGACAAGUUGAGAGAGAGAACCAGAAGCUGAGCUUAAACUGUGUAAUGCGUCAGGACCCACAUUUGCUUUUAAACUACACCCUGUUACCCUCAGAUCACUGGAAUUACUUGCACACUCACUCAAAGGCCAUACUCCAAAUACCCAGGUCUAUCACAUGCCAGAGCAUGUUCAACUUUUCAAAUAAAGAGGCCACGUGAGCACAUCGGCGUCCUUUCUAGUCUUCUGGGUUCCUUCUUAUGGUGACUUCAGUUACUGUGGGAAUGGCAUUUCAGUGCUGAGAAAGUGCAGAGGCAAUGCUGAAGCUGGGCCUGGUUCACAAACCUGUAAUCGCAGCUACCAGCUCAGCCGGGACAGGCACAUAGUGACGUCAUGGCCUGCCUGGGCUACAGGGUGAAUUCCAGGCCAAGCUGAGCAACUUACAAAGACUCGGUCUCAGAAUUUUUUUAAAGUGCACAGUGUAGGGCAGGAAAGAUGGCUCAGGAGUUGAGAGCACUUACUGCUCCUGCAGAGGACCCAGGUCCAGCUCCCAGCCCCCACAUGGUGGUUCAUAAACAUCUAUAACUCCAGUUCCAGGGGAUCCAAUCAGUGUCUUCUUCUGACCUCAAGCAGGCACCAGGCAUGUACAUGGUACAUAUGAAUACAUGCAGGCAAAACAUUCAUACACAUAAAAUAAAAAUAGAUCUUUAAAAAACGAAAAGUACACAGCAGUAAAAUGCUCACCUCAGCAGCACGCCUGAGGUCCUAGAAAAUUCCCAGCAUCCAAAGCAAAUCAAUAAACGUCAACGUUGAGAGCCGUGUAGUUAACUGAACCACUGUCGUUCCUGUCCUGACACAAGAAUGUCAAAACCUGCCUCACAGCUACGCAGGAAUCCCCCAGCCCCAGCAGCCACACCCAUUUCAGGGGCACACGCUAGUGUACGGACCACUUCAGAGGGCCUGCUGUAGGCAUCAGGCAGUGAACCCACAUCUUCCGGACAACUCCAGCGCACAGCAACGUAUGAAGUCCUGAUCUCAGGAGUAACAGUGCAGGACAUGUUCCAGGAAGAUGUCCAAGGUAUCACAGCAUGAAAGCAGAGUCACGGGAACAAGACAGAGCGUGUGAGAAACUUAGGGACCACGUAAC